AUGGGAAAGAAAAAUAAAGAUUCUCUUGGACGAGCUCUUAUUAAAGACAGAUUUGCCAAAAAUCGUCAUCGCCGACAUGUGGAAGACAAUACGAUGUUGCAUACAACAGAAGUUAAUGAUGGUUAUGAGUGGGGUCGCUUAAACUUACAAUCAGUAACAGCAGAGUCAUCAUUACAAGAGUUCCUUUCAACAGCUGAACUUGCUCAAAGGGAAUUUAUUGCUGAAAAGUUGAAUGUGAAGUAUGUGAAGUCGGCACCAUCUGCAGUGGAGCUUGUCACUUCACAACCAAAUUUUGAUGAACCUUUAACUGUACCAAGAAGACCACCAUGGGAACCUGGUAUAACAACGGAAGAGCAGUUGGCACAUGAAAGAGAUUCAUUCUUAGACUGGAGGAGGCAUCUCAAUGAACUGCAAGAGAAGCUGGGGGCUGCUGUCACCCCUUAUGAAAGGAAUCUAGAAUUGUGGAAGCAGCUGUGGAGAACGUUAGAGAAGUCUGAUGUAGUGAUGAUUCUUUUGGACGCUAGGAAUCCACUUUUAUUUAGGUGUAUGGAUUUGGAAAAAUAUGCGUCUGAACAAAAAUGUAAAUGUAUACUGUUAUUAAAUAAGGCUGAUCUAACCAGUGAAUAUGUAAGGAAAUGUUGGGCUGAAUACUUUGAAAAGGAAGGUGUUUCCAUUAUAUUUUUCUCAGCGGCUAAAGCCUCAAAAGAACGAAAAAUAUCAGAAGAAAAUGAAACCAGACCUAAAAGACAAAGUAUUAGUGAAGAUAAAACAUAUACUGACUCUGACACUUCAGACAGUGAACAUUCUGUGAGUGACAAUGCUGAGGAAAUAGAUUCUUUAAAAAACACUGAGGAAGAUAUACAAUUCUUUAAGAAGCAGCUAGGUAUCAUUGAUGAAGCAGUUUGCCAUACCGCAGAAAAGUUAGAUAGUAUUCAAGAUGCAUUGGACAAACUUUUAGAAAAUUUGAGAUUAGGAAAUCCUAUUGAACCAUUCCAAGUUAAAGAUCAGAAAUCCGAUACUCCAGAAUUAAAUAAAAAUUUAACUGAGGAUAAACAAAUGAAAAAUUCUCAUGAGAUAUUUGGCAGGGAAAAAUUAUUAGAGGUAUUGAAAGAAAUGAGAAUUACUAAUUUAAAAAAUCCGCCAAGAUUAACUGUUGGCAUGAUUGGCUACCCAAAUGUGGGAAAAUCAAGUACAGUUAAUGUUUUAAUGCAAACUAAAAAGGUUAGUGUGAGUUCGAUGCCGGGGCACACUCGACACAUACAAUCAUUGAUACUCGACGAUGAUAUAGAAUUACUAGAUUGUCCCGGAUUGGUGUUGCCAGCAUAUGCUGUUGCACCAGAUUUACUUCUAACUGCAGUGUUGCCUAUUGACCAAAUGCGUUCACACGACGCUGCGAUGGCGCGGCUCUGUGAAUUGGUGGGAAGACACACCUUUGAAGAGAAAUAUGGACUGCUGCUUCCACAGUAUGAACAUGGUGAAGGCACAGAGUAUAAAAAGAUCCUAACAGCCCAUGCUUUUAACCGAGGGUUCAUGUCGGCGGCCGGACAGCCAGACGUAAGUCGUUCGGCUCGGCUGUUGCUUAAGGAUGCUGCAAGCGGUCGUCUGCAUUGGGAAGAGCUUCCUCCUGGAUAUCAGCCCGCACCUGUCAACGAGAUGAUAGAAGAUAAGAAGAACGAGACCAGAAAACCCACCCCAAGAGAGACAAGGAUGGUGGAAGGAUGGCGAAACACGUCGGCUGAGAUCGACAGUGCGUUUUUUGCUAUGAAGAAAAGUACGGCGCAUGUGAAAGGAAAGCCUGUAUUUGGAAUUGUAGGCGCCCAAACAACGGAAAAACCACUUAUGGGUAAACCCUGGAAGCUAGAGAAGAAACACGCAAACAAGAACAAGAGAGAAAAAUUGAGAAGAGUUUACGCGCAUUUAGAUGAACAUUAA